ACACAUCUCAGUACCGCCUUGGCUUUUGUGAGAGGAGGACGCUCUGCGCGGCGCUGUGUUCUGGGGACUGUGAUCUGAUUACUACAAUCAUGUUGAGAAAAAUACUGGACGCUGAGUGAUACAAGCGUUGGAAUUAGAUACACAGUGGCCAUGUGAGAGGAAUAUACACCAACCGGCCACGUAAGACAAUGCUGAAGUACGUGCAGGUUUCUCCGUACCGCAGCUCCUCGGCGUUGGCAAGCACGAGGCGGGGAGACUGUUGCGACCUAUCCCCAACCCUCUCCUCGCCCUCCACGCCCACCACGCGCCUCUCCUCAGCCUCCAGUCAUGCCUACACCUGCUCCUCCGCCUCCUCCUCUUCGUCAGGCGCCGGGCAGAGUCGGGGAGUGGGACGGGCGGACAGUGUCAGUCUUAACUCGUCCAUGUCUUGCUCCAGUCUCAGUCAGGAUCCCCCUCAGUUCCCGAUCAUCGUCCUCCACUUCCCUACACGACGGUCACAAGGUUGUGUCGCUGCCGUCCUCCACUGCUAAGACCACGGUGCGGGUAUGGGUCCGCUGCCUGAUGCAAGACAUGGAAUACAAGACAGUGUGCAUUGCCUACAGCACCACCUGCAGAGAGUUGGUUCAGUCCAUCUUGUCCAAAUUCAAGAUGAAACACAGAGAUCCUAACCUCUUCUACCUCACCAUGGAAGUAACUGUCAGGAAAACAGGAGGCAUCAUGAGAACCAUCCUGACUCUGGAGGACGACUCGAGGCCAGCAGAGCUGCAGUCCUGCUACCCUCGAGGGGACUCCCGCCUCGCUCUCAAGAUGCGUCCAGGCGGCCUUGUGCGUGUCUACGAUGGGGCGCUGGUGUCCGGGUCUCAGUACAAGAGUCUGCUAGUGAGUGACAAGACCACCUGUGAGGAGCUGGCACAACUUGUUCUUCUCUGCAACAACAUUCAGGACAACAUCAAGAAUUACUCCAUCUAUGAGGUGCGGCGCAACGAUGGCAGGGAGCGCAAGCUGCACCAUGAUGAGAGGCCAUUGCGGCUCACCUCCCGAUGGGUGUCCAGAGAUCACGCAUGUCUGGUGGUGCGCCACACUCCCUCCCUCACCCCUACUCGGGCCCACAUCACAUCCCUUGCCACACUUAGAGGGUCAGUUUGCCGUGCAUCAACAAAGAGAACAAACUCUAACCGGACAGCCGAGAACACUCCAGUGCUAACAAGUCACACUCCUGCCUCCUCCUCCCCUUCUGCCAGCACUGACUCCAAAACUGCAGGCUCCCAGGACGGCCUGAUAUCCACCACCACCAUCACCAUUUCCCCCAAUGGAACCUCAACAGUGACUAUCAACAUGCCUGCCAUUACCCCAGCUGUCAACAACAAUAACAAUAAUAACAACAGUAAUAUCAACAAGAGUAACAGCAAGUGUAGCAAUAACAACAACAAGAUUAUCAACAGAAACUAUCACAAGAGUACAAGUGUGCAUGAACUGGAAGAGGCAGAAGAGGAGGAGGAGGAGCAGUGUCCAUCUCCUCCUUUAAGGAUUCGCAGGCCAGCAUCAUCCUCCUUCAGGUCAACAGCAGUAAGACGAAAGCUGCCAUGGACUCAGAGUGCUGACCUGAUAGAAACCCCAGUGGACGAUGAUGGAGAUGAGCUGCCUUCUGCCACCAGGACCCGCAGAGCACACUCCUACAAUGACUAUGAAAAUUACUUCUACAUCUAGUAAUUCCCAGUACAAUUCCUGUCUCUUAAAAUGCCAAUGAAGGGGUAAAUUCAAAGUGACAAAGUUACAUAAAUAAAAUUUAUGUAGCCUUUCAUAAGUAAUGAUUUACGUUGUGUUCCAUACCUCACUAGUUUUCUUGAAAGGAAUGUUUUUAUUUUGAAAUACUCAGCUUUAUUGUAAGUUUACAAAUGCUGCUGAAAGUUUCAUCAUGGUACGUAUCUUCUUCUUUUGGUAAUAAUUCAAAAACCUUUGGAGACUGGCUAGUUGCAAAUCUCACAGUGUCAAUAUGAAGAGUAUUGAGCAAAAUUUCUGUACCUUCAAGCAUUUACCUUUAGCUCUCUCUCUCUCUCUCUCUCUCUCUCUCUCUCUCUCUCUCUCUCUCUCUCUCUCUCUCUCUCUCUCUCUCUCUCUCUCUCUCUCUCUCUCUCUCUCUCUCUCUCUCUCUCUCUCUCUCUCUCAUACACACACACACACACACCUUCACCUUCACAUGGUCUUGUCUCCAGUUCUACAGUCACCUUUGUCCCAGCAUGCACUUCUCUGCUCCCAUCCCCACUACUCAGUACCAAACCACUUUUACUGUUAAUGCACAAGAAGGAUUUGUCACAUGGCAAAGUUAAGAAAACUGCUCAAGGUGUACCAAAAGUAUUAAUGAAGUGAUCAUUAUGUAAUACAGCAGUCAAAUGUUACUUACUCUUCUGCAAUUUAGAAAACUGAAGUACUAUUUCAUAUCAGCUCUUUCAUACAACUCCAGUUACUGCAAUAGUAAAGAUCAACUGCAAACCUUUCACUAGAGCUUUAAGUUGUAAAUAAUAAUGUAACUAUAGUGUUCAUAUACAUUGUAAGAUAUAUAUUGCCAAAGAUUAUGUAAAGAUGAAAAUAUAUAGAUAUAGAAAGGUGUGUGUGUGUGUGUGUGUGUGUGUGUGUGUGUGUGUGUGUGUGUGUGUGUGUGUACUGAAGUCAGAGAGAAAAGUAAAUUUUUCCUUACAGUGUAUCAGCAGAGUACAUACUCCAUGAAAACUUGAUUAAUGUUAAGUAGUAGCUCUUAACUUGUGGACAGGUACAGAAAAAUGAAAGGUGACAAUAUUAUUUAGCUUUUUGAUGGCAUAGAAAUGGCUAUGGCUGUAACAAGAUUUUUUUAACAUGAGAGAGAAUCUCUCAUUGUGAAGUUUUUCUUUGCAUCUAAAGUUGUCAUAUGGUUCAUGAAAAUUAUAAAUGUUAUGAAUUUGGGCAUUAUGCAAUACCUAGAUGUAUAUGCUUACACUGUAUUACUCCCACCUACUUAAAUGAAUAAAAUGCAUAUUCUCCA